CCGGUGCCGCGGGGCGGGCGAUGCGAGGGCCCCUCGCCCUCCCGCCUGCCCGCCCGCCCACCCGCGAUGUUCGGGGCGGGCAGGUACAGCAUCCCGCGGCCCGUCACCAGGAACCUCGAGGACCUGGACUCGGUGCAGAGCGUCCUGCUGCACAGUGAUCUUGAGCCUGAAUGGUUGGACGGUGUGCAGAAAAACGGGGAAUUAUUUUAUUUAGAAUUGAGUGAAAGUGAAGAAGAAACUCUGCUCCAGAACAGCUGUCCAGAAAUGCCAGCAGUGAAUCACGUCCGGUUUCGUGAAAAUGAAGCUGAAAUUAUUCAGGAGGGAUCACGAAAGGAAAGAAAGUAUGAGCUGAAGAAGUGGACCAAAAUAUUAAAAAAGAAAAAUCUUUUACCCAAGCAUUCUGGUAAGAAAGGCAGUGGAAGCUGCAACGUGCACUCCACUGGUCCUACUUCCAUAUUGAAACACCAAUCCACGCAGAAAACGGGCGUCACCGUUCAGCAAAAGUACAAAGACGUGCAUGUUUAUGUGAAUCCCAGAAAACUGUGCAGUGCUGGAGAAGAGGAGCAGCAGAGGCUGCUGGAGGCCUUAGUGGGAAUUGUCCAUCAGUCCUCAUGGAGCAGCAAAAGAGUGGAGAAACAAGGCAGGAAGGAUAAAGUCACCAGAGGAGUUGGUGAAGAGAAGCUCGUGGUUCAUGGCUUGGUGCCAGGCAGUUCUGCAGCGAAAACAGGUCAAAUCUUGAUUGGAGAUGCUUUAGUUGCUGUAAAUGAUGUCGAUGUGAAUUCUGAAAAUAUAGAAAGGGUUUUGUCUUGCAUUCCAGGUCCUAUGCAGGUUAAACUUACAUUUGAAACCUCAGUGUUUGAGCCUGAAGGAACUUCUCAGCAAAUGAACAAACAGGCACAGUCGAGUAUGAACAAUCUGGUUCGGCUCCUGUGGGGAGAAGAGAGAACAGACCUUCAGCAGGCAGUUCAGGACGUGCCUCAUAUUGUCAUGUUCCUCACACUGAAACUGGACUCUGAAACAUCCAAGGAUGAGCAAGAAAUUCUUUAUCAGUACCCCAUAUCUGAAGCAUCCCAAAAACUGAAAAGUGUGAGAGGAAUAUUUCUCACACUGUCUGACAUACUGGAAAAUGUUACUGGUACCGAGAUUAUCAGUUCCUCCCUUUUCUUAUGUGAAAAACUGGUUCAAGUUGUUUACUGGAAAGAAUCUGACAAGUUGCUCAUAAUUGGCCUUCCUGAAGAGAAUGUGCCACUUUCUCAGCUGAGGAACAUGAUUGAAGAUGUUGUCAGGACCUUGACAUUUAUGUACGGUUCUUUGGACAGUGCUUUUUGCCAGGUGGAAAAUGUUUCUCGCCUCGAUCAUUUUUUCAACCUGUUCUUCCAGCGUGCGCUCCAGCCCGGGAGGCUCAAGCCCAGUGGCAGCCCCAGCGCUCGGCACUACGAGAGCUGCAGUGCCUUGUUCCUGGACAGUCUGCCAGGCCUGCGCUGGCUGACACUGCCUCAGGACAUCAAGGUGGAAAUUGACACAGCACUGAGUGAUCUGGAAGCAGCUGACUUCGCAGAGCUGUCUGAAGAUUAUUAUGACAUGAGAAGAUUAUAUAUGAUUUUGGGCUCUUGUCUCUUCUACAAGGGUUACUUGGUUGGUAAUCACUUGCCAAAGGAAGAUCUGGUUGAUGUAGGUUCGUACUGUCGGCACUAUUGUCUGUUACCCUUGGCAGCAGAACAGAGGAUCGCUCAGUUAGUGAUUUGGCGGGAGGUGUUUCCACAGCAUCACAUCCAGCCGUGUGAAGGGUCAACUUUUACAGGAUACAGGGAACCCGAAGCAAGAUACUUCUUACUGAUAGUUGGCUUGAGACACUUCAUGCUGUGUGUCCUGCUAGAGGCAGGGGGCUGUGCUUCCAAAGCUAUUGGGAAUCCAGGACCAGACUGUAUCUACGUAGAUCAGGUCAAAGCAACCAUACUCCAACUGGAAGGAAUAGAUGCCAGCAUAGAGGAAAGGCUGGAUUCUCCCUCCGUUCCACCUUUGGCUUGUGCUGACUCGUUCCUUCCUGCCACACAUGACAAACUGGAGAGCUUGACCACCUCGCCUCUCCUCAGCAAGAUACAAAACACUUGCAAACCAGCGACCACUCCAGCGAGCAGAAAGUCUCUGUUUGGGGACUCCUCCCUAACAACAGGGAAGCUGAGCCCGACCAGAAACAGUGGAGGACCCCAACAGGGUGGCGAAGGUCCUGCAGAAGAUGAAAGCACUAAUCCUCAACCUGUAGCGGAUCAGGCCACUAGAAAAAAACACACCCUGCCAAUUCCAUGCCAUUUAGGAAACCUAAAAAAGAACCUUUCAGAGAAAGAUACAGAACUUCUUAAUGCUCUCAAGUUGACAUCUGGUCCUGAGAAUACUCUCUUCCACUAUCUCUCUUUGGAAACGAUGCAAGGAAUCUUUAUUACUCCAACUCACAGAGAAGUAGCCCAGCUCGGUGGCUCCAUCCACCCCCAGUUAAUCCAGAAUUUCUAUCGGUGCUGCCUUUCGAUUCGUUCCAUUUUUCAGCAAUCCCUAAGGAAAGAGAAAAAGAAAAAGGCAGGCAGUGGAAUUUCAGAAUUUAGUAAGGCAGCUGAUGACUCAGGUGUGGUGAGAGAACACGGUGUUUUGUUUGAGUGCUCUCCUGAGAACUGGGCUGACCAGAAGAAACCACCGCCAACAAUGAAUUACUGGGUUGUGGGGAGACUCAUUCUACAUCCAAAACCUCAGGAGUGUUAUGUCUGUUUUCAUGACUCAGUCACAGAAGCUGCUGUUGAACUGGCCUUUAAACUGUCUUUUGGCUUAGCUACGUAGAUGAGCUUCCUGGACACUCAGCCACCCUUCGUGGUGGUGUUAUUUCUUUAAAGUAUUCCAUAUAAAGGGAAUUGGACUCAAUUUGGGUGCCCACCCAUGGUAUAUCUUCGAAAUGCUUUAGAAAAACAGAAAUAUCUUGUGGUGUGACAUAGGUAAAACUUCUGUGGUGAUUCCAAUGAUCUUAUCAGUUGAAUACUUAAAAAUAUUUCAGAGAACCAAAGUUCCUAUUUUUAUAUACUGUCAAUUUUUUUAUCCUGGUCAUAACUUUAUCACCUGAAAACCUCACAUAAUUUGUACAGUCAUUGCUGUCAGGGCACAGUAUGCAAUAUGAAAUGAUAAGCUGAUCCUCCAGGUACUCUGAACAUCUGGCAACUGGUGAUGAAGGAAAAAAAAAAAAUUUUCCAAUCAGUUAAAAUUUUGCUUCUCUAAGGGCCUCGAAAAUACUGAAUGUUUUCAGUUGAUCAACACAGAAAGAAAUCUUUUGGACAAAUGGCACUUGGCCUCACAAAACUAAUGGCUGAUCAUUUUUGCCAUUAUGCUCUCCUGCACACUCAAGGACUGCAGUGUGGUUGAUGUUUUACUUGACUUCAUGAGUUUUAACUAUAAAUAAUACUCACAUUUGUUAAAAUGCAAUUUUGAAGACACGAAGAAAGAUGGGGGGCGGGGGAGAUGGUUUUCAGACUUCUGCAUGGACUUGGCUUAUUUUCUAUUCCUAAUUUCUUAAUAAAAAUGUAUAUUUGUUAAAAACAAA